CGGCAGCUUAUGAUGAUGCGGUGGAAGCGCUGUACCCUAUCAAAGCCAGCUCAGAAGAAUGGCUGGUAAAAUACGCCGAUUUUUCAAACUGUUUCCUGAUGGGCAGCAGCGCCGGAGGUAACAUCGCGUAUCAUGCGGGACUGCGAGCGGCGGAGGUGGUUGAUGAGCUGGGGCCGUUACGAAUCAGAGAGCUGAUACUGCAUCAGCCUUUCUGUGGCGGUGGUGCCCAGAGAAGAGGAUCGGAAUCGAGGAAUCUGAAUGAUCCCGUUUUCCCGCUAAUCAUCAUGGAUAAGAUGUGGGACUUGUCACUGCCAGCCGGGGCUGACCUGGAUCACGAGUAUUGUGAAAAUGAAAAUUGUACAUGCAUUUUAAUACUUGACAAGUAUUGCAAUCCGACGGUGGAGGGUGGGUCAAAGGUUUUGGGAAAGGUAAAGUCAGAAGGAUGGAGGGUGGUGGUGGUUGGGUGUGAGGGGGACCUGCUGGUUGACGGUCAGAAGGAGUUGGUGAAAUUAAUGGAGGUAAAGGGCGUGGAAAUGGUGGGACAUUUCGCCGCCGGAGGUUAUCACGGGAUGGAAGUGUUCGAUGUUUCAAGGGCCAAGGAUAUGUUCGUUAUCAUGACAGGUUUCCUCUUAUCAUCCAAGCCAGUCAUUUCUCCUACUUCUUUCCCAUAAUAAUUGUUGUAAUUUUAUUUUUGUUACUUAACUUUAAUUAUUUAUUAUAUUAUAAAAAAUUAUGGUUAUU